UGCUUUGCAUCUUUAUGCCUUAAGUUCCUUUUAACUUUUUUAGAUUGCAAGCGAAUGGCAAAAUGUUAGCAAUGAAUCAUUCAACUACAGUACCAGCACUUUUGUCCGAGGACAAAGCGCUUAUGAGCAAGCGUUGUGAACGCAUCCCGAACUUGGUUUUAAAGAUAGGGGCAUUAUGCAAAGAUCUAUGUGCGUCGAUUAAGAAUGAAGCAGAGGGAAACCUACGUUGGCUGGAAACUAUUAAGCAGCAGGCUAUAGACAUCCAAAACAGUAUAAAAGAAGAAUUAAAGGUUGAGAACGAUACAUUUCUUACAGCUACCGGAAAUGAAGGACUAAUCUCUAAUAAAGAGGUUACGGAUUUGACCUCAAGUAAAGUGCAAAAUAAAGGCUUUCAAGAGUCUGAUUGUCGUACUUCACCUCAACCUCUUGAAGAUGAAAGAUUAUCUACAACUGCACUAAGACCCGCUAUAAGCAACUCCCCCGCCGCUGGCGCUAUUUUUGAUAAUAAAAGAACUGCCAUAGAAGUUGAAAAAUCUUGUAAAAAGGAACAAAGUAAAAUUUGCAGAAGCACUAGAGUACCUAAACCUGGUGUUGGCCCUUUAAAUAAUGUUCAAAAAGUUUACAACGCGAAUGCUGUUUCCUCACGAGAAGUAGUGGACAAAGUGAAAAAGACUACACUUUACAGGAAUAACCUAACUUCUCUCAAACGACUGAAAGCUACUCAAAUAGCGCAGAAGAAGGCGCGGGAGGUCGAUUUAGAAGCUCCUCGCACCGCAAGAAAUAAACAUGAGAGAGUCCAAUCUAAAUUGUAUAAGGGAAGGGAGAGACAACCUCAUCAAACUAGUAAAAACUCAACACUUCCUGGGAGUGAGUUUGCCGUUCGUGUUAAAGAAAAUAUUCAGCCGUCUUUUUUGACAGAACUGCCUAUGGAGAAGGGGGAGGGUGCUUUAGGAGAACCGUCCUCCACGAGCAACUCGGAAGGACGGCUUGGAUGCACGGCCCGAGAAGAGCCACCAGUUAGCGUUGAGACGCCGUUAUCGUCUGUACCCACCCCCCCGCCUCCGGAAAGCUUUCAUCCGCCAUCGAAAAGGGGCGAAUCUCCGCUCAUUUCGUGCAUCCAUGAGCCACGUGGUGACAUCGGCCGGGCCUCCCUUCUGAGGGAGAUCGACGGGGCGAAGAAAAGGGCACGCAUUAGUGAGAACAAUGCUUCGUAUGAUGAAAUAGAAGUUCUUUUGGAUAAGGCCAAACAAAGCCAACUGGAAAUUAAAGAAAAGUUAACUGCCCUCACCUCCUCGGCUAACGAGGAAAUCCUUAUUUUGCGCCAAUCGUCUUAAUUUAGCGCUCAUUAAAAAUUUAAUAGUCUUUAGGAACCGGAAAAGUAGUAAAUACGCCCCUAUCGAGACCGCGUUCGUCACAAACUUAUAAUAUCUCUGAUCUUUUAAGCGAUGACGACUCCUCCGAUGAUGAGUUCUACAACGGCAAAAAAAUUCCCGAGUGGGCCGAAGGUAAUAAUCUCAGGCAAGCUCUCUACGAGCAGUUUAAGCAGAAUAUCAACCCUCGAGAAAUAUUUUCAAGAAUUCAAACCCCCGAUCUCGAUGCCAUAUUUGCGAACAAAAAGCCGAGGUUUAAACUUCGAUCGAGUUCUGCUUGUUGGACACAUACCCCCCUCAGUUUUCGGAAAAAGAACUUUUAACUUUAAAAUAUUGCACAGCAGC